UUCGAAUUCGACACAUCUCAAACGUUUGUCAUUAUUAUUAUAUUAUUAUUAAUUUUAUUAAGUACCUAUUUUUACAGUUAAUUGGUUUGUUUCCCUUGCGGCCUUGCCAGUUGUUAGUCGCUGAAAGUACUGUACUUGCAGACCAUCAAACACUAAGAACUACAGUUUCUGAUCCCUGUACAAACUGAGUAUCUGCUCAGGGUUAUCUUCACCAGCUCUGGAUCUUCCGGGAAUGCCACUUGUCACUUGUGCCCCAAAUCUUCUGACUAUCAUGAUUUCGCGUCGUAUCCUUCGGGAUCUUCACCGCUUACCUGGUGUUUCGAGAACAGAGCGGACACGACCGGGACCAAGCUCAGCGGAAAUUCGUAACAGUUAUUAUGGAACAUUUGACGGAUUUUCAAUUAGACGAUGUUAUGCAACAAAGACCCGGGUCGCUAAUAUUAGAAAUCAAAAUUUUCCGUGUUUUUCGCGGGUGAACACUUGUGCAUUGUUCACUGGAUUUUCGCCAGUAAGAACCAUGUUUAUCCAGACCCAGGAUACACCAAAUCCAAAUAGUCUAAAAUUUCUUCCCGGAAGAACGGUCAUGGAAUCGGGAACUGCUGAUUUUCCUACCGAGGCCAAAGCAGCGCGGUCGCCUCUUGCGAGAUUGUUAUUCAAAAUCGAAGGCGUGAAAUCGGUGUUUUUCGGCUCGGACUUUAUAACAAUUACGAAAAUGGACGACGAAGUAGACUGGAAAGUUCUGAAAGCGGAAAUAUAUGCUGUGAUCAUGGAUUUCUUUGCAAGUAACCUUCCCAUAUUACAUGAAGAAGAACCUUCUGCUCAGGAUACCAAGGUUACUGAGGAGGACGAUGAAACCGUCGCCAUGAUUAAAGAGCUGAUCGAAACACGAAUCCGUCCCACCGUACAGGAAGACGGCGGCGAUAUCAUUUACAAGGGUUUUAAAGAUGGCAUCGUGCAGUUGAAACUUCAGGGCGCUUGUUCCACAUGUCCCAGCUCGGUUGUCACUCUCAAACAAGGCGUGCAGAACAUGUUGCAGUUUUACAUACCGGAAGUGAUGGGAAUUGAAGAGGUCAAAGAUGAAGUGGAUGACCUCGCGGCAAAAGAAUUUGAGAAAUUCGAGAAAAAGAUCGGUGAAAGUUAGUGUCAGUGGUCCUUAGUUUUACACUUUGCAGUGAUGGGCUCGAAAUGGAAAGUGUUGACUUUCCAGUUUGACUUUCGCACCACGGAGGAUUGUAAGCGCGCGCACAGACCUUUGUGAGUGUAUAGAAGCGUAUUUUGUGAAAUUUACGUUGAAAAAAAUAAUAGUUCACACUUCACAGAGCUUCUUUUUGCGAUCUACAGUUAAGCAGGUGACUGGAUUGCUUGAGAGAAUUGGUACAGUGCCAAAAAGAAAAAGCAAGAAAUAAAUAAUACUUACUCCGAAUAAGAAAGCGCGGUUUAGUAAUUUUUAGUGUUAAAAACUUAAAAUGAUAAAAGUCAUAUUAACAGCAAACAACAAGGGUUUAUCACAUUUAAAAUAAGACACUGGUUGGAAGUGGUUCAUAGAGGAUUUUCUUGCAAUCCACAGAUCAAAAACGCUUGAGGGUCGGGAAAAGCGUGGUUUACACUUUACAACUCGUUCCGCCGGUUUUCAAUGCGGCGCUGGAUUUCCGUCUCCAGUUUUUCCGUUUUUUGUGCGAAGUGCUUAGCCUUCGAUUCCAGAUCCAGUCUUUCCUGGCUUUUCUCACCGCCUUUGCCCAAAGCACUAGGGUGCUUCUUUCCAUUUCCCGUUUGAAUUUCGUCGUUGAAAUUUUUGAGCUUCUGCAACUUCUUUUCGAAAUGUUGCAGUUCAUUCUGUAGAAAGAAUGCAAGUUAGCCAACAAGUACGGCACGCACGUCGCGGAAAACAAUUACCCUUAAAGAAAGCAGCUCCUCUCGAUCAAACCCGGCACCAACGGCCUGAUUCCAUAGCUCUUCUACUCGGUCUUCUUUGAAAUUAAAUUCGCUUAAAUCUUGGGUGUGCCUGUUUACUCGUUCCUUCAAGUUUCCGUAGUUCUUUGUAAGAUCUUUGAGCUUUUUGUCCAGUUCCACCGUUUCCUCUUUCGGAGUGGCGCUCGGCAUGGGAACCUGAUCUUCCAGUUCGGA